AAAAAAAAAAAAAAAAAAAAAUCCUAUAUGGCAGUAUGAAAUAACUUCCAGCACCAGGGACAGCGCCUAUGUUUUCCUUAGAAGAUUUUCCGUUUAAGCUUUUUCGUAAUGUACUCACGAUUAUAGUUUCCCUAACACAUGCUCCGAAGUAAUCACUCGCCUGGUCGUAUGUUUUUCAUAUAUAUGUAUAAAUCCAUGCUCAGUUUUUUCGUUCAUACCCCAAAACAGAGUGUGUCCGCUUUUUUUUUUUUUACCUUUUAUCAUUAUCACUGUUGUUAUUUGUUGUCCAGUCUGUGUUCUUGACACUGAAAUCAACGGUGCUACAAAAGUUUGCUAACACAAAAUAUUAGCGUAAAGCAGAACCCAGUCAUAUAUUCACAUCUCAAUAAUUUCCUGGCUUUCUUUUAUUUUACGUAUUUCUAAAUGCUUCAUCUCAUUGCAACACCGUUGCAUACGAAAGUUCUCAUCAGACCUUACAACAACCGAAUUAGUCAACCAUCUUUUAAUAUCCUUUCAUAGUACAUAAUUGUAUAUUUCCCUUAAAAGUAGCAUUUUCUUAUGAGUCAGGUAAUAUUUUUAUUUUAUUUUAAUAAUGUGUGGGACAGUUUUUUGAGCAGUUGUUUGAUUAAAAAAACGUUUUUGGAUCUGGAUAGAUUUCAAUUCCCUUUCUUUGAAAAUGUGUUAAAACAUUGCUGCUGAAGUUAAAGUAUUUCAGUGAGUCUAUAGUAUUGUCUUUUUGAACUCGUUUCAUAUUAAUCUCCAUACUAGACAAAAUGCAUUGAUUUCCAGUUUAACUAUUGUUAUUUUUAGUUUUAUUCAAGCCUCAUAUGAUUUUUCACAUGUUCGACUCUAAGCGACGCUGUUGGCCAGUAAGAUAUUUUUUAUAUUACGUUGUCAUUCAGUCCAUCCCCCCAGUGAUCAAUCCGUGAGGAAGGCUCUCCGUGUGUUGUCCAGUGCGGACUCACAGACUUUCAUUUGAAGCAUUUAAAGCUUGAGGACAGUUAUAAAUGUAACGACGGCACUUAUACUUUUCUACUAUCUACAAAGGAAAAAGCUUCCAUCCUUUGGUUAUUUCUAUUGGAGUGAUGGCAACUGUAAGAUCUCGGACAUGCAUUUCUUCAGAAUGCCGAUCAUUUUAUGAACUGCGACGUCACAUAGGACUGCUUCUGUUGCUUCUUCUUGCGGUUAACAUGGUAGGUUGUCAGAUUUGGUAUUCUAUACCUGAGGAGAUGAAGAAAGGCUCUGUUAUCGGUAAUGUGGCGCAGGAUCUUGGCUUGGAUCUGAAAAGGCUCCGCUCAGGGCGGGCCCGUAUCGUGACCGGAGAAAACGUUCACUACACCGAGCUGCAGAAAGACAAAGGGAUUCUGGUCGUGAAUGAGAGAAUAGACCGAGAGCAGCUUUGUGGGGACAUAACACCGUGUAGUUUCAGCUUUGAAAUGAUAUUAGAAAAUCCGAUGGAACUACACCCAAUAACAAUAGAAGUCUUAGAUGUUAAUGAUCAUUCUCCGAUAUUCAAGAAAGCAAAUGUUAUGCUAGACAUUAGCGAGUCCGCAAAUCUCGGUGCCCGAUUUGUUUUAGAUAGUGCAGACGAUCCUGACGUUGGAGUAAAUGGACUUCAAAAUUAUGUUUUAUCCUCGAACGACAACUUUGUUUUAAAACAGCAUGUGAAUCCAGACGGGAGUAAAUAUGCAGAGAUGGUGCUUCAGAUGCAGCUGGACCGAGAAAAGGUAUCACGUCUAUCUUUGAAGCUUAUAGCAGUCGAUGGUGGAAAUCCACAGAGAUCUGGCACCGCAAAUAUAGACAUUAAUGUUUUAGAUGUAAAUGACAACGCUCCCGUUUUCAACCAGUCUGUUUAUAAGGCUACGGUGAUAGAAAAUGCAGCAAAAGGUACUAAUAUUGUCACGGUGAAUGCUACAGACGCAGAUAGUGGAUCAAAUGGUUACAUCACAUAUUCAAUUUCAAACGUGAAGGGCAAUAUAGCUGAUUUAUUGUCCAUAGAUCAGUUCUCUGGUUUACUGUUUGUGUCAGGCCUCAUAGAUUUCGAAAAGGAUAAAAAAAUAUGAACUCAGGAUCGAUGCAAAAAGAUCAGGGCGGACUGACAGAUUCAAGCAAAGUGAUAAUUGAAGUAACUGAUGUUAAUGAUAACGCCCCUAUUAUAAGCGUUAUGUCAUUCACUAGUCCUGUGUCCGAGGACUCUCCUCCUGGUACCA